UUGAUACGUAAGUUAGCGUCUUGCCUGCGUGGUUGCCAAGCGUUCUCUGCUGGUUGGUAACUACCAUAGACAUAAGACGGUAAAAGUAGAGAAGAAUUAAAUUACUGCUAUAGACGCUUUCAUCGGACGCACGCGCGUUGCCAAGGUUAUGCGCUUGGCCCUAAAUUAACUUCCGGUCUGUGUUUGUUUAUUAUUGGGUUUGCGUUUACUGGCUAAUAUGGCACCGACUACAAAUGGAGUGAAAGAUAAGCUGAUGAGCAGACUGACGUUGGGCUCAAGUUGUUGUGCUGUGGGGUGUAACCUGACCUCAGGAACAAACGCCAUUUCGAAAAUAAAAAUGUUUCGGUUUCCUAAAGAAGAUGGGAGACGGCGAGCAUGGAUCACCGCUGUCCGAAGAGAGGCUUGGCAGCCAGGCAAGAAUUCAAGGAUCUGUAGCACUCACUUUGUUUCAGGUGCGCCAUCAGUGGACCCAUGCCAUCCAGAUUAUGUUCCAUCAAUGUUUGCACACAAAAACACCAUUGAUGGUGCCCAGAAGUUGGAGAGGUACCAGAGGAGACAGAGUAGACCAUCUGUGGUUGAGUCCAUCGAAUCACCUUCCAUAGAGGUCACCCAUGCUGACCCUGAAGAUGGAUGCACUGCUGUGGGUACAGAUCUGUCAAUGGCAGACAUUGACCAGCUACAAAAUGAAAACAUUGAAUUGAAGAGAAGAGUGGCUUUACUGGAGAAGAAAUUGGAAUCUCAAGAAAAACGCCAACAAGAUCAAAUGAUUUCCAGUCUGUCCGAUUUUAUUUUAAGUGAUGACAAGCGCACUCAUUUUUACACUGGUCUACCAUCUGCCUCUGUGUUUUUCACCCUCCUCACUUACCUGACAACAACAUGGAAUGCAUCAUCAACCAUACUUACCCUUCCUGAGCAGUUUCUUGUGGUCCUGAUGAAGCUUCGUCUGGGCUUAACUCAUCAAGACCUAGCUUUUCGCUUCAGAGUGAGUUGUGGAACUGUCUCAAACAUCUUCCAUGAAUGGCUCGAGGUGAUGGCUAAAGAGUUACAAUGCCUUGUCCGGUGGCCAUCCAGAAAAUAUAUCAGAAGAAAAUAUUCAAGGCUACAGGUUUCAAACAUGUUAGAUAUAUAAUAGACUGUACUGAAGUGUUCAUUGAGAGGCCAACUAGUUUGCAUACACGAGCAAUCACCUACUCCCACUACAAGCCACAUAAUACUGUGAAGUUCCUUGUUGGCAUUAGCUAUUACAUUUUUAUCAAGAGUCUGGGGUGGUCGUGCUAGCAACAAAGUCAUAACAAAAAAUUCAGGCUUGAUUGACCUUCUUGAACAAGGAGACCAUGUAAUGGCUGAUCGGGGCUUCAAUUUUCCUGAAUACUUUGCCACCAAAUGUGUCCGUCUUCAUGUACCAGCAUCUACAAAGGGAAUAAAACAACUGACAGGAUUAGAGGUGACACAAUCUAGAAAAAUGUCACGAGUGAGAAUCCAUGUAGAAAGGGCCAUAGGAAAACUGAAGUCAUUCAGAAUUCUGCGGAACACCCUGCCAGUCAGUAUGGUCAAACGGAUAAGCGAUAACAGUCUUUGCACAAUAGACAAAAUAUUGAUUGUUUGUGCAGCACUAUCGAAUCUGGGGAAACCACUGGUACCAAAAUAAAGCAGGACUGAACAAAAACUGUAGGUUUGAUAAAUUAUUUUAAAUAUUUUAACAUGCCAAAAACAGGCAUUAUGAUAUUUAUAGUCUCCCCCUGAUGUAAUUUUCAUUGCUCUUAUGUGCACACUACCUUUCCCAAAAUGUACAAAGUUCUUAAAUGUUGCUUAUUUUAUAUUUCUUGCUAUUUAUUUAUUUUUUUAUUAUUCUGUUUUUGUAAUUGUUAAAAAAAAUCUGUAGACGGCAGAGGAAAUAAAACUGCUUUUGUAAGUUUGAUGUAAGUUUUGUAAUAUAUACUGCUGUCCCAAAAAUAAAGAAUUAAA